GGCCCAUGCCGACCACCUCCGUCCGGUCUCGCCUACUACCUGCCUUCCUCGAUCUUAUUCUGUGCCCCGAUUGAUACCUACCCUGGCCGGCGUGCUACUUGAUGGGAGAGACAUGGCUGACUGGUUGUCGUACAGAGCUCUGUUCGUGAAGAACUUGAGCUACAACGUAACUCCAGAGGAGUUGUUCGACCUGUUCGGAAAAUUCGGCCCAAUUCGACAGGUCCGCCAGGGCAUUGCAAGCGGCACCAAGGGUACCGCCUUCGUCGUCUAUGAAGACGUAAUGGAUGCGAAGCAAGCUUGCGACAAGCUCAAUGGCUUCAACUUCCAGAACCGAUAUCUCAUCGUUCUGUAUCACCAGCCAGAGAAGAUGCUCAAGUCAAAAGAGGACCUCGAGGCUCGCCAGGCUCGUUUAGCGCAGCUCAAGACACAGCACGGUAUCGAUUGACAAUCCGACGGGUCUGCGGCACGCCUCCAGACACCUACCUCGUCUGCAGGCCCGUCUAUUUCAUCUAAACGAACCACUUCUCCGGAUCAGAAGACGAUCCUCAGAAAGGGCAAGCCGGCCAUCACCGGGCGCGCACCCAGAACCGGUGUACGAUUCGCCGACGGGGUGCUCCCCAACUCGCUCCGGGCCCAG